AUGGACGCCAACACACUUCUCCAGUGCUUCUCAGCCACGCUACAAGUGUCUCAAGCGACACGUGAACAAGCGGAAGCCCAGCUUCGCCAGCUUUCGCUCACGCCCGGUUUCUUGGGCGCCUGUCUUGAUAUCAUCGCCUCUCCCAGCGCGCCCGUGGGCGUCAGAAAAGCGGCAGCCGUCUACUUCAAGAACAGAGUCGUUCGCUCGUGGAACAGCCCGGCGCAGCCCAUCGAUGAAGGCGAAAAACCCGUGGUGAAAGACCGCAUCGUGGCCGUUUUGUCGGCAGUGGACCACACCACCAAGCAGCAGUUGAUUCCUGUUUUGCGGGUCUUGGUGAGUUUCGAGUACCCGGCGCAGUGGCCCGGAUUGCUCCAACAGACAGGCGAGUUGCUCCAGCAGCAGGACGGGCCUUCUUCCAUGUACACGGGGGUCUUGUGCUUUGCCGAGAUCUGCCGCAGCUACCGUUGGGUGAUGAAUCUGGAGCGGGAAAGCGAGAUGGAUCCCAUUAUCGCCCAGGUUUUCCCCCAUUUGCUCAGUGUGGGUAAUGCCAUUUUGGCGGCUGAAAUCACCGAGGUCACAGCGGAAAUCUUGAAACUCAUCUUGAAAACUUACAAGUUUGUCACCUACUACGACUUGCCGAAGGUUCUCCAGACCAAAGAAUCGCUUGUGGCCUGGGGCCAGUUCCACUGUCUGGUGAUCCAGUUGGAUCCUCCGGCAUACGUGCUUUCGCCCUCUUUGAGCGAGCUGGAAAGAUGUCAGACCCAGAUCUCCAAAUGCUACAAGUGGGCCGUGGCCAACAUGGAACGACUCUUCCGCCGCUAUGCCUCCAAGGACUUGUCUUCGAAAAUGAAGUACGACGCUUUCCGCGGCGUCUUUAUUGACGAAUUUGUACCUCAUUUGAUGUCUGUCUACUUGUCUCUUGUUGAAAGUUGGUGCGGUGGCCGCAGAUGGCUCAGUACCACGGCUUUAUAUCACCUCUUGGAGUUUAUGAGCCACAGCGUGACCCAAAAGGAAUCAUGGGCUCUCAUCCAGCCAUACUUUGAGAACCUUGUGGCUCACUUCAUCUAUCCCCUCUUGUGUCCUUCAAGUGAAACAUUGGAGCUUUUCGAAACGGAUCCGAACGAUUACAUCAACCUGAAGCUCGAUAAUUUCGACGAUUCCGAGGCUGACGUGGCGGCAUUGGGUCUUUUGGUUACUUUUGUCACCAAGAGGAAGAAAACAACUUUGGAGCCCAUCGUCACUUUUGCAUACAACCAGCUUUCCAGCUUGAAAAAAGUUCCCGAAGAUUUGGACGUCGCCAAGAAGAAAGACGGCGCUUUGCGUUUGAUUGGUGGCGUCUCUCAUCUCCUAACAUCUCCAAAAUCCCCAUACGCGUCACAAAUGGAAAGCUUCCUUGCCGAGUUGGUUUUGCCCAAUCUCAACUCGCAGUUUGAGUUUUUGCAAGCAAGAACCUUAGAUGUGUGCUCGAAAUUUGCCGACUUGCCUUUCGAAAACUCGCAGACAUUAUCUACUCUCUUCCACGGAAUCCUCAAAUCAUUCACAUCUGAAGGUUCCGAUGCCAGCCUACCUGUUAUGCUUCAAAGCGCAUUGGGAAUCCAAGCAUUUAUUCACAAUUCACAGUUCAAACAGAUUCUUUCGUCUAUAAUCUUACCUACAAUGUCCAAGCUUUUGGAACUCUCCAAUGAGAUUGAUAAUGAUGCAGUCUCGAUGGUCAUGCAAGAGUGUGUCGAAAACUUUUCCGAACAGUUACAACCAUUUGGAGUCGAGUUGAUGAACAAUUUAGUUCAGCAGUUUAUGCGCGUGGCUGUUGAGGUAAAUGAUGCAGCAAAUGUUGGAGUGGAGGAAAUUGAAAGUGACUAUGUGGAUCUGUCAGACAAGAUCAUGGCUGCAGUGGGAUUGUUGAACACAAUGAUCACCGUCCUUUUGUCGUUUGAAAACUCAAAAGAGAUUUGCAUGAAAUUGGAGGAAACGUUUUCUCCUGUCAUCGACUAUGUAUUCACCAAUGAGUUGGACGAUUUUUUAGCAGAAGUGGCCGAGUUAAUCGAAAACUCCAUCUUUUUAUUGCGUGCGGUCAGCCCUUUGAUGUGGAGACACUUUGCUCAGUUGUCUAACUCUUUCUUCGAGGGUAUUGCCGUCAUGUACAUUGAGGAACUCUCUCAGUGCUUGAAAAACUACAUGGUUUUCGGUGCUGAAGAUUUGGCCCAUAACCAAGAAAACGUUUCUAAGAUGAUGCAAAUGAUCGGUUUCAUUCUUGAAGCUGACGAUGGAAAUGCAGACUACAACGAUAUGGUAACUGCAUGUGACCUUGCACAGACUUUGGUUCUCUCAUUGCAAAACAAUGCUUCGCUAGUGAUCCAGCCGCUCUCGAAAAAUAUCUUGCCAGUGUUUGCCUCCAACCGAAAGGAUUCGCUGCACGUUUCCACGAAUGCCUUGACUGUGGCUCUGACAAACUUUGUUGUCUCCUGUUUGGUAUAUGAUCCCGCUCUUACCUUAGGGCUACUUCUGCUGUACACCAAAGAAUUUUUUGAACAAUGGUUUGCGUUGAUUCCUCUUUUGAAACGUGUCUACGACAUUAAAUUGUCAAUUCUUGGCCUCAUCAGCUUGGUAAACAAUCCUGAAGUUUUGCAAGCUGUGCAAUCCAUUGCAGGAUCUAUUGCAUCCAAACUUGCUGUUUUGUUCAAAGAAUUACCUUCAGCCAUCAAAAACUUUGAGAAACAGCGCGUAGAAUUCAACGAGUCUGAUUACACUGACGUGGGCAAUUUCAACGACUAUGAUGAUGAGACGGAAAGUGUUGGAUCAGGAGCUGAAAAUGAAGACGACAGCACUAGCGAAUACUUGGAGUUUUUGAAACAAGAAAACCAUAAGCUUACAGGAGCAGCAUUUACUGCUGAAGAAGAACCUGUUUUCGAAGAUCCUUUGGCUACUACACCUUUGGAUAGCAUCAACACCUUUCAAGUGUUUAAGGAUUUUUCCAACUCUUUACAAGUGAACAAUGCUGCUGUCUACCAUGCUAUCUUUGACAAUGUUAGCGAGGAAGAGAGAAAGGUUUUUAUGGGAGUUUUGGAGAUGGUCCCUAAGACUCAUUAA